AUGGUAGUCAGAAGUAAAUCAAACUCUUUUUUACUGAUUAAUAUGAAAACAACCAUUAUCACUUCUGGCCCACAUGAAGGCAUAGUUGUCCAGUGUGGUAUUCAACCACAGUCUGAAGAGCUUUGGCCACACAGUUGGAAUGAGACAUCGGUUUCUGCUUCUGCUUCUGCUUCCAAACUCAUGAACCUACCAGCAACUACUGCUGUCAUUAAUUCUCAGCUGACUAUGAAUAAAAGUUAUGAAAACAACAUGUCCCAGCAUGUUACACUUCCCAACCGUACAUCAGAUGAUGCUAGCAUUACAUCGAAUCUUGCAAACAACUCUCCUGAAUCUCAUGCAGUUCAUCUGAAUGCUUCCAUAAUGAAGCCAGAGCUAGAUGACUUCUAUUCAAAUUCAGAGCUGAAUUGCAAUACCAGAAAAAAACAAGAUAAAAUGCAAAAAAAACGUAUACCAAAGAAAGGGUCAAUCUACGAUGUGGAAAACAAAAAUAUACCUUCAACCUUUGCGAAGUCUGAAAGAUCAGUAAACUUUAUUGAUUACAUAGAAAAUCAUGAGAAAGAAUUACCAGAACAAACAUAUCACUUGUAUGAAACACGAGAUAUUUUGGGCAAUAUUUUGGUGCAAUGUGCAAAAAACGAAAGAAAUGAAGAAUUGUCAGAGUGGAGCAUUCCUCAAAAAUGCUCGACUGGAACAAAUCUGAUCUCAAAUUACGGAAUAUCACUUAUUUCUGAGCAUUUAUUGUCACAAGCAAAUGAAAACGAUGAAAGUAGCAGAAAAUUGACACCUGAAUAUACUGUGAGCAGUAAUGGAUUUCAUGAAAGCAAUAAUAAUUCAUCACAAUGUGAAUCAGAAGGUAUGACAUCUAUUCAUGGAAGUGAGGCCAUCAACAUGCGAGAAUCACAAGGAUUCAAUGUAACAGAACUUGCCACUACUAAUGAGUUAGAUUGUGAUUGCAAAUAUUCACCGAUGAGAUAUUUGAGAUUCAAGAAUUCUGAGGCUCUAAUGAAAGAAAUUAAUAAUGGUAAGAGGGAAAAUUUAGAUGAAGAAUGUCGUCUCAUAGCAAAGGUCAAAGAGGAUUUUAGCUCGGAUAAACAGAGAAACACACUAAAUACGGCAAAUAAUCCUACGAAAUCCAUUUUGCACAUAUCUGCUCGAAAGCAAAAUUGUAAGAAAAAAGUUCAUUUUCCUGAAGAAAUCCCAGAAGUGAUUGCAUGGGAUCAUCGCUUGUUCAUUCGUCACUUGCAUUUAUCAUAA